AUGGCUUCGCCAGGUCUACAUCCGAUGCGACCGUCUGGCUGGGUCGAUCCACGUCGCCCCGCUGACUAUCCUAUCGUCCUUGGAAGCAGCCUGAAACCCCAUGGCGACGGCAGGUCCCGCGAGUCCCUCGUGAACAUUCGUUACAACUGGCAGCCAAAGUCAGGUUUUGGACCUCGAGAGAGCAAGCUCACAAAAUCGGGGGAUAAAUACCAUCUUCUUAUUCCAGCGAGAGGCCCAGAAGACGAUGACGAUUACCAAUACACGGGCGCAGUACAUAUGUCCAAAUCAGAGAAAUCCGAAGACCAACCAAGUUCGCUCGCCCUAGCAUUCGACAAGUCCAAAUCCUGCUUCGUCCUUGAGGCCAUUUCAACAUCCUUAGACAUGAACCUCAAGAACGGUGCUGGCCACUCAUUCAAGGACGCUCGCAAUCUACCCCAACUACCGACAAGGCAUCCUCAAAGUACAGAUUCCGCACCGACGAUGGGAGACGGGAGUAGGUCACCCGCAGCGGAGGACGAGGCUCCUGAUGCGUCUAACCCCUACGAUUAUCGUCACUUCCUUGCCGAAGCGCGAGAGAGCCUUGAAAAAUCUGCACUACAACCUGGCAACCGCACACCCCUUAGCGGCAUUUCUACUCCUGUGCCUGCAGGAAGCCGUUUUCCAGCAACAACUCCACAGUUCAAGCCGACUCCGAACACGUCCAAGCCAACGGCACAGCGGAAAAAGAAGACCGAACACUCAACACGUAAUCCUAGCCGGACUACGACCCCUCUGAUGGCUCCAAAGAGCACAGCCAAGCGCGACGCCCUCAAACCGUCUUCACAACCAUUAAGCAAGGCUCGCAUAACCGACUCAGAUGAGGACGACGACGAGACAGUUGAGUCAUCACGUCCUAGUACGAAGCUAUCAUCCACAGCCAAUAAACAAGACAGCAGCAAUCGCAGACCGAACCACCCACCCGGAAGAGGUCACACGCGCAACAUAUCCGCCAACAUCGGCAGCUCACCGCACAUCAUCAUCAACGACGAUGAUGGCGGCUUGGAGAUCGACAUGGGCAGUCCGCCUCCAGAGGACCGCCCGAUGCGGCGCGGAAGAGUGGACCCUGAAAUGUUCCGCAGCCACACAGGGACACCGAUCGGAGGCAUCACUUCCAAUGACCGCCGGAGGCCACUCUCACUAUCCCGGCCUGCCGCUGGGGAGCACGGGCGCCGCGAGGAUAAGGACGUAACGAUGAAAGACAUUGAUGCCAGUUCCAGCGGGCCAUCCGAUGAGGACGGCGACGUCGAGGUAUUCGAGCUUGGCAGUCCUCGUGAGAAGCGACUUAGUCUACCUCACAGUGGCGAUGUGUCAAGACUGGACGAUGAGGAUGACAACGAUGAAGCUCCCAGCCAAGACCAGAGGCAAGAUCUCCGUCGUCAACAACAUUAUGAAGAACCGCCGACGCCUCCUGCCCCCACCUCCGGCACCGCGCACGACGAUGACGAUGAUGACGAAGACCUACUUGCUGCGGCACUCGAGGCUGCACUGGAGGAAGAAGAGGAGCAGGCUGCCCCGGCUCAUGGCAUUGGGCUGGGCAUUGGCAUGGGCACGCAAGAUGACGAGAGCGAAGUGAGCGAAGAAGAGUAG